CAGCCUUGAUUUACUCACUUGUUAGUGCCAGAAAUUUGUUGAUUCUUUGGUAUUUUCUAAAUAAUUAGGUCAUUUGCAAAGUUAUUAUUGCUUCUUCUUACCCAACAUGUGUACCUUUUAUUUCUUCUUUUGUCUUCUUAUAUUAACUAGUACUUCCAGUGUGAAAUUUGUAGGAGAGGUGAGAGGGGGACAUCCUUGCUUUUGUUCCUGUUCUUCAGGGACAGCAUCUGCUUUCUCAGCACUAAGCAGUGUAUAUGAGUGGUGGCUUUUCCACUUUUUUUAAAAGCCUACCCACAGUUACCUGCUGAGGCCGUCAGCACAGCCUGUUCUUAACCUGUGCCUGAAAAAAUUAAUGUCACUUCUUUACUGGUCUCUGACAUCCAAACAGUGUUCAUAUUUCUUGGAUUGCGCAAAACUGCUAAAACACAUUGCCUUUGGUUGCUGGGUCUCGAAAGUCCUUUCUAUAAGAGCUUUCUCUCCUUUUAUGCUGUUAACUUGUUGAAAGCUUCACAUUUUGAAAAGAUUACACACAUGUCAAUUCACCCCUCCAGUACUUCACCUUUUUUUUUUAAAGAUUUUAUUUAUUUAUUUGAGAGAGAGAGAAAGCACGAGAAGGGGGAAGACAGAAGGAGAAGCAGACUCCCUGCUCAACCCCAAGAUUCCAGGAUCAUGACCUGAGCCAAAGGCAGUCGCUUAACCAACUGAGCCACCCAGCUCUGCCUUGGAACUUGACUCUUCUCUAGGAAGAGCACUAAGCUGACCAGGAAUAUGGCCCCAGGGCUUCUGACAACGAGGGAUGAGGCAUUAAUGGCCUUCAGGGAUGUGGCUGUGGCCUUCACCCAGAAGGAGUGGAAGUUACUGAGUCCUGCUCAGAGGACCCUGUACCGGGAUGUAAUGCUGGAGAACUACAGUCACUUGGUAUCACUGGGAAUUGCCUUUUCCAAACCCAGACUCAUCACACAGCUGGAACAAGGGGAGGAGCCCUGGAGAGAGGAGAGCGAAUGUCUUCUGGACCUUCGUCCAGCAGAACCAGGGACCAAAUGCCAGCCAUAUGGCCAUUCCUGCCCGCUGACCUUUUCCAGCACACAGUUCCUCGAACAGUAUGUGCUGUGCGGCCACCUUCCUCCGAUCGUCCGCAGCUCAUACGCAGGGAGCCCCAUCCCAACGGAAGCUCGGGCCUGCUCAAGUGAACAAGCAGACAAUGGAGACACAGAAGGGAGACUUCACCUGAGUGGGGUUUCCAGGGUGCUCUUCAGACCCUCUCAGGGCCAGCCGGCAGACUGGGUGGAAGGCAACAGAGCAGGGCAUCCUAAGGAGGCAGGCCUCUCAGCAUCUGAAGCAGCCACAUGUGGAAAAUACAGACUGGGGUUUGAUACCAAAUCUAACUUCUUGAGCCUCCAAAAGCACCAUGUAUGCCCUGACUGUGGCAGAAGCUUCUGUCAGAAGUCAGACCUCACCAAGCACCAGAGGACACACUCAGGGGAGAAGCCUUACAGCUGCAGGGAGUGUGGGCGAGGUUUCGGCCGCAAAUCCUCCCUCACCAUCCACCAGAGGAAACACUCAGGGGAGAAGCCUUACGUGUGCCGGGAGUGUGGGCGCCACUUCAGGUACACAUCCUCACUCACCAACCACAAAAGGAUACACUCCGGGGAGAGGCCCUUCGAAUGUCAGGAAUGCAGGCGAGGCUUUCGCCAAAAGAUCGCCCUCAUCCUGCAUCAGAGGACACACUUGGAGGAGAAGCCCUUUGUGUGUCCUGAAUGUGGCAGAGGCUUCUGCCAGAAGGCGUCGCUCCUCCAACACCUCAGCUCGCAUUCGGGCGAAAGGCCCUUCUUGUGCCUCGAGUGUGGGCGAGGCUUCAGGCAGCAGGCGCUGCUCCUCAGUCACCAAGUCACACACUCAGGGGAGAAGCCUUAUGUCUGUGCUGAGUGUGGCCACAGCUUUCGCCAGAAGGUCACCCUUGUCAGACACCAGAGGACGCACACGGGGGAGAAGCCUUACCUGUGUCUGGAGUGUGGGCGUGGCUUUAGUCAGAAGGUGUCCCUCCUGGGACACCAGAGGACGCACACAGGGGAGAGGCCUUACCUUUGCCCAGAGUGUGGCCGUGGCUUUGGUCAGAAGGUCACCCUCAUCAGACACCAGAGGACUCACACAGGGGAGAAGCCUUACCUGUGCCCAGAGUGUGGGCGCACCUUUGGCUUCAAGUCACUCCUUACCAGACACCAGAGGACGCACUUAGAGGAGGCAGCUGAUGUGUACGGAGUAUGUGAGCAAGGACUUGGCCAGAAGUCCCACUUUACCUCUGACCCGAGGUCACACUCGGGGAAGCCAUGUGUGUGCAGUGAGUGUGGACGAGGCUUCGGCUUCAGGUCGGCCCUCAUCAGACACCAGCGCACUCACUCGGGAGAGAAGCCGUAUGUGUGUAGAGAGUGUGGCCGAGGCUUUAGCCAGAAGUCUCACCUUCACAGACACAGGAGGACCAAGUCUGGCCACCGCCUCCCACCUCCAGGGCUGCUCUCCUGACCUUCCCUUUCCUUAGGAGUGGCAGAAAACACCAGGAAAUGUUCCUCAAAUGCAGUGGAGGAAAAAAACGUGUUCUUUCAGUGAUUGGAAGAUACCUGAUUUAUGGUUUAUUUUCCAUGCUAGCCAUGUUUUAAUUUGCUAGGGCGGCCAUAACAAAACACCACAAACUUGUUGGCUAAAGAACAACUCUCUCACAGUUCUUGGGACUGAAAUCCAAGAUCAGAGGAUGCACUUUGGUUUCCACUGAAGCCUCGCUCCUCAGCUGGCAGAUGCCUGCAUCCUUACAGUGUCCUCUCCUGGCCUUUGUACGUGCGCUUCUUCUACGAACCACAGCCUUACUGGGUUAGGGCCCCCUCUAUCACCAAAUAAGGUCACACUUAGGGUUCUGGCUUCAACAUAUGAAUUUGGAACAUUUCAGCCCAUAGGUCAGCCUCCUGAACCCCCAAAACUCAUGUUCUUAACAGCUCCCAAAGUGUUGACCAAUUCCAGUAAUGAGUCUGUCCAAAAUCUCAUGUAAAUCAAAUGUGGGUGAGGCAAGGGGUACAUUUCAUCCUGAGGCAAUGUUCCUCUCCAGCCGUGAACCGGACAAGUUACCACAGAUGGAGAACUGCAUUUCCUUAACACAAGGGGAAACAAGAUUGAUGGGUCCUAAGCAGGUCUGUGACCAGCAAGCAAACUCUAUUAGGUUUUAAGGCUUGAGAAUAAUGGCUGGUAGGAUACUUCGCCCUCUAGUCCUGCUGGGGUGGCGGCAGCAGUGCGCAACGCCCUGAUGCCAUGAAGGCAUUCACCCUCCAGGUCCACCAUGGGAAUGGCAGACCAGCUGCUUUCUUUCACCGUUGGGGUCACCAUUUCCUCCUCUUGGUGGGUAGCACCACAGAAGUCUCACAGCUGGCCUUUGCUCUGUCCUGUCUGUACCAUUCUUAGUUCAACUGAGCAUCAAAUGACUGUCCAUUGGUGUUCUCUCCAGAGCAGGCUUUCUCAUUUUCACAAUAUGGAUAGGCUAAGAAUUCUCUAAAUCUUCAAGUUGUGGCUUCUGUUUGCUAAACAGUUCCUUCAGUUUACCUCCCUCCUCAUGUAUUUCUAUGAGGAGCAAUGAGAAACAGGUAUACCUUUCAACACCUGCUUAGAAAUAUCCUCAGCCAAGCCACAUAAGAUUUCAACCCUCCACUGAACACUGGAACACAAUCCAUCGAUAUUCUUUGGUGCUUUAUAAUCAGGAUUCCCUUUAGUUUCUAGUAAUGUUCCACAUUUCUGUCUGAGGCCCCAGCAGAAUCCCUUCUAAUUCCUCUGUUCCUACCAUAGCCUUCUUGAAGCAACCCUGGCUUUCUCCAGCAAGCACAUCAAAACACUUCCUCUAUCCAUGACCAGUUCCCAACCCCCCUCCAUAGUUUUUCACGUUUAGAACAGCACACCACUCAGUACCAAAGCUGUAUUCUUUUGCCAGGGCUGCCGUAACAAAACCAGAGACUGGAAUUCCAAGACCACUUUGACCUACCGAACCUUGCCAACUGGCUGGCAGGUGGUGCCUUCUCGUGUGGCUGUUCCCUCGCAUGUGUGCCAGAGAGCACGUGAGCUCUGGUGUCCCUUACUCCACCCCUACAACAUCAUUUAACUUUCGGUACUUCCUUAGGUCCUGUACUCAAAUACUGUCACAUUAGGAAAGGGCUUCAGCAUGGACUUUUGGGGGAAAAUUCCAUUCAUAACACCUGCCCUCCGGACACCCCCCAAAUUCCUGCCUGGCCCUCGACCCCUGCCAUAAAUCUGAUCUUUCCUUUCCCAGGAGUGUGAAGCUAGCAGGAAGCACUGGGAAGUGCUGCACUUCCCUGAAGUGGAACGCAAGCAGCAUGCUGGUUCUCUCAGGGGCCAGGGGUAUGUGUGUGUUUGGUGGGGGUAGAGGGGUUGGGGGGGAGCUGGGCAUACCUGCUUUCUAAGCCCUCCUCCACACCCAGGUCUGUUUAAUAAACUGCUUCCGUAUAAAGCUAAACCCUGAUCAAACACCUCAUUCAGCUAUCAAGAAUCCCAUGGUCCUGAACCUCAGGAGACAUGGAAGGUCACAUUUGCUUGUUCUGGACUCUGACCCUGUGUGUGGGGAGGGCCGUCAUCAUUACCCUUUCUUAGGUCCUCCAACAGUGCCAUUGAGGCACCCCCUCUUCCUGCACCCCCAAUCCUGCAUCCUGUUAGCCACACCCAUGUACCAGUCCUGCAGCCUGAGGACUUGGGGCCUUUCUUCCAUGAUCCUGCCUAGUCCUCCAGUCAGGGACUAAAGGAGCCAGAGCACCUGUCUUUAUAUCCAGCCCAAGGUAUUGUCCCUUUAGCCUGCCUCUUGCUCUUGAAUCCCCAGAGCCUGACAAGUGCCCAGCCCAGGACAGGCCUUGUCCCUUUGCUUUGGGCACAGAAUGGUCCCCACAAAGUCCUUUUUCCCAGGCCCAGAGGCUUUACUGGCUUAAAAUCCAGAGGCAAUAAAAGAUACACAAAAAGUAAAAACCCCCAAAUUUUACAUGUCAAAAAAUUAGUAGUAUCAAAAGACAAAUGUCUGGAAGGAAAAUCUAUCAACAUAUUUCAGAAAGGAUUAAUAUCUCCUUUUUCUAAGAACUCCCAAAAAUCAAAAGACCAGAAAUGCCACAGAAAGUGGGCAAAAGACACGAUCACUAUUAAGUAUACAAAUAAGCACAGUCUGCUGCUUACAGCAGAAUGCCAAAGGCCAACUGGUAACUACAUUUUUUUUUCCCUAGUAACAUUUUAUUACUAUGGUGUUUUUCUCAAAGCUAAGAAAUUGGUACAGCACUGUUAGGAACUAUUCAGUUUUCCACUAUUAUCUUUUUUAUGAUCUAGGAUCCCAUACUGCAUUUGUUCUCAUGUCUCUCUAGUCUCCUCCAAUCUGGGAUAGUUCCUCUGUCAGUCUUUGUCAUCCAUGAACUUGACUCUAGAGUUGGUCAGAUAUUUUACAGAACCUCAGUUUGGAAUUGUCUGAUAUUUUCUCAUUAUUAUAUUUGCAUUAUCGACUUUCUGGAAUACCACAGAAGUGAAGAAUCCUUACUAUAUCAUAUCAAAGGGUAAUAAUACCAACAAGGUUUAUUCCAAGUAAUGUAACCUUGAUCACUUGGUAAAAGUGGUGGCUGCCAUGACUUUCUACUGUAGACUUCCCAUUUUUCUCCUUCCAUGCUCCAUUCAUUAGAAGUAAUCAGUAAGUCCAGUCCCUACUCCAAGAGAAGGGAAUUAAGCUCUAGCUCCCAGAGAAUGCACCUUAUGAUUUGUGCUGCUUGCAUCCACCACCCCACAGAACAAAGUGGUCCAGUGUGUUCUGGCUCCCAAACUAGCAAAAGACACCCCGGGUAGGUCCAUUCCUCGCUGGAUGGAACAAAAGUCCUGCUGACAAGACCAGGUGAGCCCAGCAGCACCAGCAGGUGGAAAUGAUUAUUUUCUCACAGGGUUGAGAACUCUGCCUCACCUAGACCCAAUACAGCCAGGGAGGGUCGGUCCUGCCACAUAAACACCUGUUCCAGGAAGUACUCUUUGGCUCCAGAGACCUGAGAUUGCCAACUAGAUGCAAGACACUUAGGAAGGUGGCACCAGCAAGGACAUUCCUGCUAAACUGCCCAGCCCAAGCUCCAUCUCCCUUCCUGGUAGACAACAGGUCACCAAGAGGCACUGGACAUGGGGAUCCUGACACGUUAGCAGCUCAGCCUGUGAAGCUUUUGCUUCCCUUUUUGGCCAGAGCAUCCCUUCCCCAUCUGGAGACACCAGGCAUCCUGUUUUGGGGCAACUCUUUCCACACUCCCAACACCAGCAGGAGAAAGUGGAAGAAACAGUGGUACCAAAUAAGCCAAGUAGACCUAAAUAGCAUUGCAAGAGCUCUGAAAGUUACACUGUCAUUGGAUCAAACAGAACCCACAAAAUAGGCUCUGAUUUGGGAACAAACCUUAAAAAUAGACUGUCUGCUAGAGUCAACGGUUUAAGUAAGACCCAGAGUCUCUUAACAGCUAAAUGUGCAAAAUGCAAUAGAAAGUUACUCAUCAUAAUAAGAACCAGGAUAUCACAACAUAAAAUUUAUGAGAAAAGACAAUCAACUGACACAAGCACUGAGAUAAGUAUGAUAUUGGAACUGCCAAGGAUUUUAUUUUUUUAAGAUUUUAUUUAUUUGACAGAGAUCACAAGUAGGCAGAGAGAGAGAGAGGAGGAAGCAGGCUCCCUGCUGAGCAGAGAGCCUGAUGUGGGGCUUGAUCCCAGCACCCUGGGAUCAUGACCUGAGCUGAAGGCAGAGGCUUUAACCCACUGAGCCACCCAGGCACCCCAGAACUGACAAGGAUUUUUAAAGCAGCCAGCAUAAAAGUGCUUCAAACAAUCACAAGUUCUCUUGAAACAAAUGAAAAAAGUACAAGAUCUCAAGAACAAAAAACAAAAAACCAGAAGUUACACCAAAGUUCAACUGGAAAUUGUAGAAGUAAAAAAAAAAAUAAAUAAAUAAAAGCUUAUUGGAUGGGCUUAAUGGUAGAGUUGAUAUGCCAGAAAAUGGAACUGGAGAACAGAGGGUAGAUUAAUAGAAUUUAGUAAAUCCGAAAAAUGGAGAAAGAAGACUGAAAAAAAAAAAAAUCUUUGGGACAAGAACAAAAAACCUACCUUUUAUGUUGAGUCCCAGAAAACGAGAAAGGAAGUGGGACUGAGAAAACAUUUGAAGAAAUAUUUCGAAGAAAUGACCAGAAACAUACUGUAUUUGGCAAGAAACAGAAAUGUGCAUAUCAAGAAGCCAAGUGAACACCAAAUUCAAAGAUGUCCACACUAAGACAUUAUUAAAAUUCUGAAAUCUAAAGACAAAAACAAACCUUGAAAGCAGCCCCAGAGAUACGUCUCAUUACCCACAGGGGGACACCAAUUCAAAUGGCAGCAGAUUUCUCAUGAAAUUAUGGAGGUCACAAGAAGGUGGCACAACAUUUUUCUUCCAAGUGCUGAAAGAAGACUAUUAACUGCAGACUGAGUAUCCGCCAAAACCAUCCUUCAAAAAUGAAGGCAGAAUUAACAAACACAUUUCCAGAUGAAAGAGAACUGUAAGAAUUUGUUGCUAGCUUUAAAAAAUGGCUAGUUGACUUUUAAAAAUGGCUAAAAGGAAGUUCUUCAUACAGAGAAAAUAAUAAAGAAUGGAGCAUCCGGAAGAAAGAAAAAAAACAUGAAAAGAGCAUAAAUAUGACACAUAAAACAGGCCAUCCUUCUACCGCAAGCUUUUAAAAUUAGAUGUGAUGAUUGAAGCAAAAGUUAUAGUAUCGCCUGAUGCUCUAGACAAUGAUGUUUAAGAGUGGGAAAAGUAAAGGGCCCUGAAUAAAAAUAACAUUUUCACACUUCA